GAUUUGAAUAAAAUCGAUAACGUAACAAUAGAUGAGUAGACAAGCGAAUCGUAGACCUCGGAGUGAUACCAGUGAAAAUGUGGUUAUCAAGUGUAUUUCUUUUCGGCGUUUUGUGCACUGCAACACAUGCAGCUAAAAUUCUUGGAGUAUUCAUGAUGCCAAGCUACAGUCAUCAGAUCACAUUCCAGCCAAUAUGGAAGGAAUUGUCGCUAAGAGGGCACGAAGUAACUGUUUACACCCCAUCGCCUCUAAACGAUCCCAGUCUCACCAAUCUCACUGAGUACGAUCUAAGCUUUAGCUAUAAGAUAAUGGAAACGUUGGGGAAGGCAGGUUUUGAUGUUUCCAAGUUAUUCGACUUGUUCACCCAAGUUAGUGAAGCGCAGCUAAAGCAUCCGUACAUGCAAGACCUUAUCCACAACGCGAAUAAUAACACAUUUGAUAUCCUUUUGGUGGAAUUCCUAUGGUUGCCGUACUUUGCCUUCAAAGACAUUUAUAAUGUCCCUUUUGUGGGAAUAACAUCACUGCCAUUAACACUCAUGGCAUCUGAGUCGCUUGGUAUGUGGAAACAUCCCAUUCUGGAACCGGAGUUCCUACUGGGAUUUUCACAAGCAGAAACGUUUAAACAACGUGUAACAAGUUGGGCUUUCAAUAUCGCAUACCGAUUAAUCGGCCAGUUGAAAAUGACGCCAACCUUCGAGGCCCAAUUGAAAAAGUACUUCAAAACAGUGUCAAAAUCCGCAAGAGAUUUAGCAAAAGAAGUUGAUUUGGUUCUUGGUAAUUACAACUCCGUUCUGCAAAACGUCAAGCCCAUGGUUCCGAAGUUUGUCCCCCUUGGUGGAAUACAUUUGCAUCCCCAACAGCCCCUGCCACUGGAUCUGGAAGAAUUCCUAGCCAAUCUUCAAAACGAUGUGAUAUACUUUAGCUUAGGAACGAAUGUGAAUCCAACAAGUAUUUCCAAAAUGCAAUUGGCUAAAAUCUACAAAGUCCUAGGAGAGCUUCCAUACACCGUACUUUUUAAACAUCAGCUGGAGAACCUGCCAGAGGAUUUACCAAAGAACUUUUACGUUAAGGAGUGGUUCCCUCAGCAAGACGUUUUAGGGCAUCCAAAGGUCAAGCUAUUCGUUACACAAGGAGGAAUACAGUCUCUGGACGAAGCUAUAUCCAGAAAAGUCCCAAUGGUGAUAAUUCCAUUUUUGGGGGACCAGCAAUCCAACGCAGCGAGAUGCGCUAAAUUGGGAAUUGCCGAAGUAAUAAAUUUCCAAAAAUACACAGAAGAAGAGUUUAAGGAAAAGGUCAACUUGGUGUUGAGCGACAUAACUUAUCAACAGAACAUAGAAAAGCAGAACUUUAUAUUCGAAGAUCAACCGAUCAGUUCCUUGGAUAAGGCGAUAUUUUGGAUCGAGUACGUCCUCCGUCAUAAUGGAACAUCCCAUUUAAAUUAUGCAGGAGUGGACGUGCCAUUUUAUCAAUUCUACCAUUUAGAUAUAUUCGGUUUUCUUGCUGCGGUUAUUUGGGUUUUUAUUUUCGUUGCGAGAAAAAUAUUUAUUGUAGCUGCUCUUAGUAUCAAGGCGCCGAAGAAGCUGGUUUUAAAACGAAACGAAAAAAGGACCAAAUUUUUAUAAAGUCUUCAACUGGGUCAUGGUAAAACAUUGUCUGAAAUAAAAAGUCUAGUGUUGUAGGCUUGUGAUCUGAUUUGCGAAUAUAUUUUUUAAUCUUUAGUCAUGGAUUGGGAAACAUGCUCAGUGCUUCAUUUCAUUUGUUUGUAGCCCAAUUAUUCGUCCAACACAAAUUUAGUUUUUUAUUAAAGAACUUGUAAUAAAAUUACAAUUUGUUGAUAAAUUUGCACAAUGUAAUUUAAAAUUGCACUACUGAAAAAUUAUUAAAUUUUUUGGGUAUACCAAAUGAGCCUACCUGAAUUUAACCUGGAAGUUAAAUGUAAUAAUAAAGCACUUGAAAUGAGA